AUGUCUUUACAAGACGUACGAUACAUCGAUUUUUUCCCGAGGUUCUAUAACUCAUUAAGAGAGUGCAAGGAAUACGCAGAAGAUUCUGAGGUGCGUUUACAACUGUUUGAGAUUUUUGUCAACUAUGUGCUGUUGAGUACGAAAAGACAUAGCGUUUCCAAGGUUAUACAAGCAUUCAUCACAGAAGAAAAUGAUGUACACAAUAACAAUAUUAGCGAACAAGUGGUGGAUAUUUUACUUGAAGCCUUUCAAUCCAUUAAACCAGAUACCGAGACAAUUUUAUUACUAGCCAAGAUCUGUCCUGAUCUCUCCGCUAGUAAUAAGGAAGUUUCAGACUUGCCCUUCUUGGAUCGACUUUUGGCAACUUUUUUCAGGGCAGCUGACGAAGAGAUCAGUGAAAGUUUUGAGGACAACUUUGUUAGUGAGAGACUUGUUACAUUUUUGGACAUCUUGGAGCCAAAGAUUUCCGAGCCUCUGGAAACAUACGUUGAGAUUUUGUAUUUUUCAGUGAAAAAUAACUUUGAUGAAGUUUCGAAACAAAUCCUAGUGAAAUUGGAAAAGUUGACAAGCUAUUUCACAUCUGAAAAAUAUGAGAGUUUGCUUGAGCCUGAUUUAAGUUUUGCACUUGUAACUGCUGCUUUAAAGUUUAACAAAGCAAAUGACGCCACUAACCUAAUCAAGGUAUUGAAGAAAAAGAAAGAGAUUGAUUAUAUUGAAGAUGAAUGGAUGACACUUCUCCAGUAUGAAUCGUUCGAGUUGACUGAAGACCAACCAGCUAUCCAACUUGUCAAGAAACUGAACGAGAGACUUAGUGAUCUUGACAAGGAUUACGCAUUUGGAGAUAUCGAUUCACUAAAUCUUGUCUUCGAGUCUCUUUGUUGGUCGAACAAGAGCUUUGAAUAUAUUGAACAGUUUAGGAAAGAUUUUGAAGAUGAAUUUGGUGUUGCUAUGGAUUCCAAGAGUGUAGCUACAAUAAUGAAUUAUUUAUGUCAAGAUAAGAACAACAGCAAAAACGUGAAGCGUGCUUCACAAUAUUUCUUACAAUAUAAGGAUCAGGUCGAUUGGGAAAAUGACUACGAAGGGUUUUAUAUGCUUUCCUUGUUCCAACUAACAGCGAACGUUUGGCAAAAUCCUGAAAUAUUGUGGGCCGAGAAAUUAGAUGUCUACCAAAACGUGCAAAGAUAUGAAUAUUUGUUUAACAAGGAAUGUGUUUACGAAAUGAUGAAAGCAGCUAUAAAGUAUGAUGCAGGGACAUUUGCCGUAAAAAUACUUUUGGAUCAAACUCCUGAAUUGAAAAAAGAUGAUCCUAGAUUAGAGGUUAGUAAGUACCAAAAAAUAUUUGAUUGUGCUUAUGACUAUUUGAUAAAUUCUACUGAUGGAGAGCUUAAUAAAAGGGUUUACAAAUAUCUUGCCGACUACUUCGCUAUCCCAUACGAAUAUUAUCCGGGUUUCGUGAAAAUAUUCAUUGACUGUUCGGAUCCCGAAAUGGCCUUAAAAGUUUUUGCUGACAUGAAGAGACAAAGCAAAGAAUCAAAGUUACCACCACCAGGAGAAGAAUUUUAUAUAUACCUAUUGAAGAGUUUUGCCAAAUUCCAAGAUGAAGAAGGAAUAUUCAAGUUGCAUUUAGCAAUAAAAAUGGACCUCUCCAUUAACCUCGACAUAAAACUGUUGAACUCACUGAUGGAAAGUUAUGCUGCUCUUGAAGAUCCAUUCAAAACACGUGAUUCUGCUGAAAAAAAUGGCGAUUAUCACUUGAUCAAUAGCUAUGUCUUGAAAACUUUACACAAUAACUGCCUCCAUGAAGGUGUUAGAAAUGAAUUGAAGCAAUACUGUCAGAAAACUUUUCCUGCAGAGUGGGAAGAACUUGUAAAGACCGGACAGUUGGAAGAUAACACCAAGGAUUAUCCU